ACAGGAAGUGAAUGUCAGCGUCGCAGAUUCACGUUUUGAAAACAUGGCGCGAUCAGCCUCUGCUUUGUCACCGACUGCAGUAUUGUCCAGCUGCCCCAGGAUGUCCUAGCCUCCUGAGUCCAAGAGAGAAUGGUGGUCCUGAGAGCCCACAUGUGUCCAGGCCUGGAGCUGCAGUUAGUGCGAGACCUGCGUGAGGCUGACAUCUCCACAGUGGAGGAGCUGGUGUCAGCUGAUCUGGAAGCUUUGGCUCAGAAAUGCUCUGUCUCUUACAAGGCGCUGUUGGCUAUCCGAAGAGUGCUGCUGGCUCAGCACACUGCCUUCCCCGUGUCUGGAGCAGAUCUGUAUGAGGACCUCCUCAGCUCCACCGCCAUCCUGUCUACAGGACACCCCCGGUUAGAUGAGCUGUUGGACUCUGGUCUUUACACUGGGGAGCUGACUGAGCUGUCAGGAGGACCAGGCACGGGCAAAACCCAGGUGUGCUUCGGGGUGGCGGUGCACAUAGCCCUACAUCUGAAACAGGGUGUCAUCUUCAUUGACACCACUGGAGGCAUCACAGCCACCAGACUGCAUCAGAUGCUCCAGACUGAGAGCAGCAGCCUGGAGGAGCAGAUUGCAGCUCUGCAGAGGAUCCAUGUGUUUCAGCUGUUUGAUGUGUUCUCAUUACUGGACUGUCUGUGCAGCCUGCGCCGCAGUGGCCUGCAGCCCGUGGCAGUUGGCGGGGCUUGUGUGCGGGCCGUCAUCAUCGACUCUGUGUCGGCAGUCAUCUCUCCUCUGCUGGGCACCAGGCACACAGAAGGCAUGUCCCUGAUGAUGCAGGUGGCUGCUCUUCUAAAGGCCCUUGUCAAAGACUUCAGCGUGGCGGCUCUGGUGACUAACCAUGUGACCCGCAGUGUGGGUGGGGCUGUGCGCCCUGCUCUGGGGGUGUCCUGGAGCCACCUUCCCCGCACACGGCUGCUGCUGGAGGGGCCAGACCGGAGCACACACAGCUUCAGCUCCUUAAGGUCUGCAACGCUCAUCAAGUCCUCCAGACAGCCCUGUCACAUGAGAGUGGAGUUUGACCUGAGCUGGUGGAGCCGCUCUAAAGAAGUCCCUUCAGCCAAAAGAAAACACUCAUAAUGAAUAACUGCACCCAGAAACUGCUGGAUAAGUGAACCCAGAGAUCCAAUAACCAGAUCCUUGACCAAGUCUGCCAUAUGUGGUAUAUGGACUUUUUCAGAACAUCAUCAGUUAUUCUGUGUUAUAAGUUUAUUACAUACUUUGUUACAGUUAUAGUUGUCAAAAGUAUCGAAAAUCAGACACAAAUCAAUAAUAAAACUAUCAAAAUUAGAUGUUCAUUUGAGUAGGUAUAGCUACUAAAAAGGUCCCACUCACAGGACAGAAAUGAACCUUUCCUGAAUAGCUUUAGAAUGAUCUUGAACUGUAUCAGAACAAGUGUAAGACACCUAGACGAGUAUAUACCCAUGGAUCACUAUGGAACCUACCUGGACAACUGAGGGAUUAGAGAUAUAAGACUACAACGUCAUAUAAAAGAAAGUACUAAGUAAUUUAUGUUGAAAAUCACAUUCUCUUGUCUAAAUAAAGUUUUUUGUUGUGAUAUUGGAAAUGGUAUUG